AUGUCGUGGGCAUCUUUGGGGAGUAGUAGGGAUCUGUAUGCUCACUCUACCGGUAAUGUCCGAUACACAUGGCAAAACAAGACAUAUGAACGUAAAACCCGGACACCUUCCGUGUCCAUCAGUCCUGUAUUUAAUCGAACCUUGAUGAUUCUUCACGAAAAGAGUCUUGGCGAUGGAUCUUUUCUGAGGCCGUACUUUGCGCUCGACGAGGAUGAGAUUCAACGACACCGAGAGUGCCACCAGAGCGCGAGCCCCGAACGUUCUUACGCAGCGGAGAAUAAUCGUGAACACGAAGGCGACCUGCGUGAUAUUCACAAUCAGGGAAAAGAGCCUACUCAGUCAAUACAUGCUGAAAGCGAGAAGCACACCACUGAACAUAAUGAUCUAGAAGCACACGCUCCCCUGAACGGGAGCAGUCAAAGGCUUGAGCAUAAACUCAUAUCAAGCCCAAUGUUCAAACCAAGGAAGUUGUCGGAAAUGGUAGAGUAUCUUGUCAAAAGAAAUGAAAUCCAACGGAAUACUUCAACGAUAUCAAGUUCUGCCGCUGAUACUCUCUCAUCAGAUGUGGUUGAAAAACAGAAAAGCAUACAGACCUUGUAUGAUGAGCAAAUUAGUAAGUCUUACACGCAACGAGGAAGCCACGGUAAUACCCAUACCCAAGCCUCACAAUCGAUGGCCAGUGGCAGCGGAGAUUAUCUAGGACAGCCACAAGACAGGACCUUCCAAUUAGAUGAAUUGUUCAGUUCUGUCAGCGAACACAGCGAUGAAUAUGAUCGCCCUCAAGAAGAAGUGUUUGAGGGUAUGCAAGAUAGGCAAGAUGACGAUGUCACCUACGAUCCCGCCGAUACCCUCGCCAUCGAAGACUCGGAACAACACACACAUAUUUCGGCGAAGCCGGACAAGACCCAUGAUCACAUCGUCGAGCAGGAAUUGUUCAUCAAUCCUUCGGGUUCGGCUGUCACACCCACAGAGGUUGAUCGCUAUGAGGCUGACAGCUUGACAGCUCCCCUGAGUAAAGUUGAAACUCGGAGGGACUUUCGAGCUACCGAAUAUGAAGUUCAAGUCCCAGAAACACAAAUCUCUGAAAAAUCAAUCCUGACCGACGAUUUGAUCGAUAUCCCGCUGCCAAUGGGCUCCUCUCAUGAAUAUCUACCAAGUGUUGAUGUCUAUAAUCCUGUCAAAAAUACCUCAGAGGACAACGGCACUGUCGAAAGUCAUGUAGCUGCCGACAAAGGCGUCAUUGUCGACGAAUUUCAGACUCAGGACGCGCAUGCAAUAGUCGGAAAGGAUAUAUUUCAGCAAGCAGAAAUUUUCGAAGUAGCAAGCGAAGAAGCGUUUGACGAGAUUGUCAUUCUCGAUCAAGCAGAGCUACAAAUGCUCAUAGCGUGUUCUCCAGAGACGCGCGCUACUCACAUGACACUCCUGUCUGAGGCCAUCAAACAACUUCCACCCGAGGAGUGCAUACGUCAAAUCCAGAUCUUCUCAAACGAUGAAGCUCUAGCAUUGAGCGCAUUCAAGGAAUCCCAAUUCGAAUAUAUUGACAAGGACGGGAGGCAGAAAGUCGAAUUCGUGAUCGGCCCCGCUUGGAAGCAGAAAGAAACAUGGAUGGCACUCCGGAUCGUCAUGCAGGUGCUUGAAGCUGUGUUGGAACCAUUUCGAUUUGACAUACUACUGGAAGACGAAGAAAUUCUACAACCCAUCCUGAAAAAUUUGAAGUCUAGGCAAGAGCACCUGGAGCACGUAAGAUAUACAGCUGAAGACGUUUGGAGCGUACUCCAGGAUCCGGCAGCACGGCAGGCUGCGAUAGCAAACUACGAAAGGAUACACAAUCCUGCGUGGGAAGAAUUUCAUCUCGAGGUCAAUCGAGUAAAGCAUUCUAACAAGAGACGAAACGAGCUACUUGAAGUAACGAACUUGAACCCAGAUGUGUUCCAGCAGAUGAUAUGGGUAGUGGAGAAGAUGUCCUUGCCCGAGUCCGACAUAGAUGUUUUACUCGAUGUGCUAAAAGGUAUAUACAGCAUCGUGGCAUACACUGAGUCCACCAGUAGGAGCAAAAUCAAAGAUUCUGAACAUCGGCUACGUAAAGAUCAGCCAAUUGAGAUCACACCUUGCCUGAUGGAAGUUCUGCGCGACGAAGCCGAAAGGGAUGAGCGAGGAGAGGAAAGAGGUAGUAUGCCAUGGAACGACAGCAAAUGUACCGAGGCUUGCUUUCAAGUUAUGACUGAUCAACUUGUAGCAGAGCAAGACCACCCAAGAUAUCACGAUCGAUUUUGCGGAGCGGAGAGGAUGCAGGCGUUCAAUGCAAGGGUACAAUGGUCCAAGCAGUGGAACCGUUCUCGGUAUUUGAAAACACGGUAUUGGGACACAUUGGAUGCUAGCUCGAAUAACCAGCCAGCUGCCACUACGCCGGAGAGUGACUCAGGAGAUGAUGUAGAUCUCAUCAUGGAGUCGCCAGUUGUACUGAAACCACUCGGACUCUGUCCAUAUAUCAAUAAGUCGAAAGGAUGUAAACACUACGAGCGAAACAGAUGUCAAUACCGACAUGACAACCAAGGCGUACAAUGCAGAUUAGGAAAAGACUGCGAUCGUGGAGAAAACUGUGUCUACGUACAUCUCGAACGCACUGGUAGUUUUUCUCGGCAGGCAGCCAUGGUCACUGCAGCGCAAAGUCCAGCAAGUCUUGAAAUGCAAGCGCGGCCGAUAAAUCCGGCUUGGGCAGGCCCAGGUCAUCCAUGUCCGAGAGUGAACACGGCGGAGGGCUGCUUGCAACGGAACGAGUGCCCCUAUGGACAUUUUAACGAAAACAAAAUCUGUCGGUCUCUCGCUACUGGGAAAACCUGUAAGUUCGGCGAUAAGUGCGCUUACCUCCACACUCAACCUCGGACUGCCAUCGUCGUCCCCAAUCCAACACCUGAUCGUUCGCAAGACCCUCGGACAAAAGACUUGCGACCUAUGCUCGGUGAGGUGUUGAGAGAUUCUCAGAGGUUCCAGGUUUGUAUGCAGGUCAACACCUUGCAGGGGUGCAAUGAACAGAGAAACUGCACCUACAACCAUACUCUAGAAGGUGUUUUGUGCCCGAGUGAUGACGGCGAAGGAGGAUGUCUCGACGGCAAUCAGUGUCCGUUAUGGCACAGAGUCCCAUGUCCGUCUUUCAUGAGUUAUGGUAACUGUUCAUGUACUUCUGAAGAUAAAUUUUUCCACAACCCACCACAAGGAGUACUUCCAGUGUCAUGGUCUGACGAAGGAGAACACUUUUCUGAACAAACGGACUGGCAAACACCGGCAUUAUCGAACCGUUCAACUCGGCAGAUCGGCGGUAAACCGCGUAUCCAAACUCAGAGCCAUGCGAAUCAGAGAAGCUACCAAGCUCAAACAUUCGGACAAGCUUCUCCACAAAGUACGCAGUACUCACCAGGAAGGGGACGAACUAGAUUCGCAACUGGCAGCAAGCGCCCUUACGAUCAACUUGCAUCAGAUCCCGAAGGUGAUGGAAACUUGACGCUAAAACGACGUCAAAUACAACAAACUUAUGCUCAGCAGUUACCAAACAGUCAACUCAGCGUUCCGAGAGCACCUAGAAACCAUGGACUCGACCAACACAGAUCCUAUCCUCAGUACAAUGGAAUGCAAGAGGCAUAUGACUCUCCAAACACUAGGCAGACGCAGCAAGAAGGCUACCAAACAGGAUCUAUCACUGACAUACCAGACGCGUUCAACAUCCGUGGAGCAGCUGGUCACCACCAGAACAACCAAAUCCAUGGUUUGGACCGCCAGGAUGAGCAAAGCAGCUACAACAGCCAAACAAAUGGGGGAUUUGGAGUCCAGCAAGGGUAUGGGAAUCUACAGUCCUCGGGAUUACAGCACUCGUACCGGUCCCAGCACAAUAAUCACAGUGGGCAACGACGCUCCUCUCAAGGUCAUCAAGGUCGGAACCAGCAAAAGCGCAACAAAGGCCGAUUCGAGAGUGGUGAGCAGUGAACUUCGCAUACGAAUUUAGGUUAUCAUGAUACACCUUCCCCAGUGACUAUAUGUUGAGUGCGAAGCGUGGCGAUACAAAGACGGGUUUAGUGAUUAUGGCGCGACGAG